AUGCUGGCCUUCAACUUUUCGCGGACCGUGGCCGCAGCACCCGUACCCGCUGCGCUAGAAUACGCCACUACGGGCGUCAACGGGACGUUCCACCUCGACGACCUUGCUCGGAAACCGCUCGACCACAACGGUAGCCUAAAUAAGGGCGACCUCGCGCAGGGGGAUAAUCUACGGUUAGAGGACGCGAGGAGAGCAAAUCCGGCGUUCGAGCUGGAUGCGGCGCGGGUUGCGGCUACAUUUGGUCAGACGAGCGGGGUGCUGACGGCGUUCGGGGGGAGUGUACAGGACGGCAAGGCGAGGAAGAACUGGAUUAAUGCGAGCUUUGGGGAGGACCGGCUGCCGUGGGCCCUCGGAUGGAAGACGUCUGAGAACAUGCUCGAGGCGGCGGACCUUGGGCCCAUGGCCAAGGCCUUGAGAGAGUACGCACCUGAGGGUGUCUGA